AUGGCAACAUGGCUGCUGUGGGCUCUUGCUCUGCUGGCAAGCGCUGCGGGCCAAGAAACGUGUCGACAGGCCUACGCCAAUUUCAGGCCGCCAUGCAGGGACGGGAUGCCGGCAACGUUUCGACUGGGCAUGCACUACGAGGACCGCAAUACCCUGCUUGGCUUCAUGGUGGAGGCCACGAAAGAUGUCGAGUGCUGCCAGAUGGUCGGCGGGCGGUCGUGGGAAGUCGGCUUCCACCUCAUGUCUUAUCUAGCAACGCUCGGGAAGAGAAAUGCCUCUCUUGCUCGCGAAGUGUCCACCUGCCUCGGCGAGCCCGGUGACGCUUUGGGGCAGAUCCUCUACGGGAUCUUCUGUGCCCCUUCAGUCUGCGAGGGUGACGUCGGCCCACUUGCCAUGCAGAGGCUCAUUUACAACGUUUGUCGGUUGCACGUCCGCCCUCCACCUUUCGAGGAUGUGGCGGCCGACGAGCUCACAAACUGGCGGAGCAUUUCAAUGGACUUCGCGGUUGCCGGCGUCGGUCGUUGUGGCACUCAGUCAGUUCUCAAUAACCUGUAUCAGCAUCCUGAGAUCGACUUUACUCUGGGAAAGUCAGAGGAAGACUAUACUUUGUUUGGCCAGGGGCAGUUGUCCAAGUUUGUACCCACCAAGCAGCAGGUUGCAAAGCAUCGUGCCAGCUACGCAGGCAAAGGAGAUGCCAAUGAUGCUACCAAGCUGCUGGGUCUCAACAACCCAGUCAUUGUCACUUACCCUUUGUCCUACUACGCCCUUUACCUGAUGAAGACGGUGAAGGUGGUCCUUGUGGUCUGUGAUCCGCUCCGACGGUUGGAGAAGCUCUUCCUGUACCAUCACUACUGCCAUGAGGAUUUCGAUGCCGCGGUCCGGCGCUUCGAUGCCAUCCCCCGGCACUUGAACACCCGGAAGGAUUGCGACCGGAGUGCACGGGCGCUCAUCGGGAAUCAGCGAAAGUGGGCCAAGAACCAGGCCUUUGGAUCCCACGUUGAAGAACUCAUCAAGCUUUUCGGACACCGAAGGCUCUUUAUCGUCCACCAGGCAUCUCUCCGGGAGUUUCCACGGCAGACUUACGGGAAGCUGGCCGCCUGGCUCGGUGCGACACAGCCGUUCGCAGCAGAAACGAUCUUCAAGCGCUACAACUUUCGACUGGGAUACCGAACGGACUUGUGCCAGAAUUCCAGCCUCCAAAACGUUCUGAAAUCCAUGCUUGCCUCAGAGUAUGCUGCGCUUCAGCUUGCCAUACAGUGGCAAGAGCGGAGGUUUCCUCAGCCGCUGGCCACGCAAGAGCUGCGCGGCAAGCGGUCGCGCUGUGACAUGGCCGAGGAGCUCGUGGAGGGGCCUUGUGGCCUGUCCGACGAUGACCAGUCCGGCUGCCCUCAGCUCGGUAGGGAGGCUGCCGGCAGAUGA